AUGGGUUCUAAAGUAAUGGAGCUUAUUGCGAAUUCUAUUUGCGAAGGAAAUGGCAUGCUGAAAAAAGAGGACAUUGAACACCUACUGCCCAAAGAAACCGCAAAGAAAAGUCAAGUUGUAACAGAUACUCUUAAAAUAAUAGAUUUAUUUGAAAAGUAUAGCGAACUUGAAAUCAUUGCGAAUACUUCUGUAGCUGCUUCUCUUCGUUCUAUUGCCAUUUGCACGACAAAUGGUUUAAAAAAUGCAAAUACAAUUAUUGUGAGAAACAUCUGGAAUAAGUUUCUUCGAGGUUAA